AGCGUCCACUCUUGGGUGUAUUCUUACUCCUUCAUUUUGUUGCAAUGCCUGAUCCAGCUAAGUCCGCUCCCGCUCCAAAGAAGGGCUCCAAAAAGGCGGUAACCAAGGCGCAGAAGAAGGAUGGAAAGAAGCGCAAGCGCAGCCGCAAGGAGAGCUACUCUGUGUACGUGUACAAGGUGCUGAAGCAGGUCCACCCUGACACCGGCAUCUCCUCCAAAGCCAUGGGGAUCAUGAAUUCCUUCGUCAACGACAUCUUCGAGCGCAUCGCGAGUGAGGCUUCCCGCUUGGCGCAUUACAACAAGCGUUCCACCAUCACCUCCAGGGAGAUUCAGACGGCGGUGCGCCUGCUGCUGCCUGGGGAGCUGGCCAAGCACGCCGUGUCCGAGGGCACUAAGGCCGUCACCAAGUACACCAGCUCCAAGUAAAUGGACGCCUGUUCAAACCCAAAGGCUCUUUUCAGAGCCACUUAACAAUUUCAAUUAAGAGUUUUAAUGCUGGGUGCUGCUGUAUUCUACGGGAGAAGUGUGGCCAAUACAGGUAAAAUUCUACAUUGCCAGUUUAUCCUGUGCCUCUGUUAAACACUAAGAUUUUAGAGCUUAUUUGUCUUUAUAAAGGUGGUGUGUAACUACAUUGCCCAGGCUACUGGUGUUAAACUCAAGCAAGUUUUCCCACCUCAGCCUUGCCUUGUAUUGCUGAGCAGAUAAUUUGACACAGCAGGAAAAGUGGACGUUCUAGUUUAGGAACCAAAAAUUAAGUUUGCAACCUAGAUGCAAUCAGCUUGGAGCAGCACGUCCAGUCUGGAGCUGGUAAAUUUGAGUAUUCAAGAUGACUUGAAAAUACACUGAGCACCUAUGAUAGUGAACCCACUCUAGAUAGCAUAAUGUGAUCUUUGUGGGAGCCUCCUAGAAUUUAAUGUCAACUGGGAUAUUAUAGUUUACCAAGUACCUGAGAAAAAUUGAAAUUUCUUGAUAGAUAAGGAUUAGAUGACAAACUAUGAAAAUGAAAAAAAAUGCCAUGGAAUAAACCUUUAGUUAUUCGGCAAGUAAUAUGAGGGGUUUUAGGUGUCUUUGAAAAAAUUUA